AUGUCCAUUUCGUUUCAUACUCAGCCAGCCGCCACCGAUUCCAAACCUCUCUCUCAGCCAUCACGUCACGCCUCUCUCUACCGCCGCUCUUCUCUCAGCCUCUCUCAGUCGCCGCCGUCAUGCAGCAAAUCGGAGAUCCCAUUCGCUCGCAGCGUCCACCUCUUCAUCUCGUAUAGCUCUUUGUCUCUGUCUCUCUCUCAGGUUUUGAUUGCGUGUGCAUCUGUUUACCCGCUCCUUGCGGAAAAUCAAUGCUGGAGGAGCUACCGAUUUGAAUUUAUGAAUGUGAGUCAUGCAGUUGGAUUGCCUGGAAAAAAUGAUGUACCAGAUCAUGGAAAUUUGGCAAUAUACAGUAAAUCUUGUUUGUAA